CCUCACUCAGCAAUUAAUGGUUAGCUUUAAUUAAGCAUAAGAUAAACCUGACUCAUAUCUCUCAUCUUCAUUGAUUAUCUCAGAGGAUUGACAUCGAACUACCCCAUCUACCCCCAUCAACCAUUCUGCAGAGCACUUCUUCAUUGCGCACCGUUUUCGGAGUCAACUUUACAGUAAUCCCGCACUAGAUUUGGGUAAGUUGAGAAUUUAUUGCAAUUUAGGUGGAGCUCCCUCUUCUCUUUCUCUUAUAAUCCUAAUCAAUAAAUAGCUCUACGAUGGUUAUAGAACUCAUCACACAAUGGCAGCUCCCCCUCUGAAUGAUGGUGAAUAUGCAAGGCUCCCAGGUUUCUUCAAGUGCUACUCCGAGGGCCUCCACAACAACGGAAUUCGCCUCCCACCUGAAUUUGUUGGUCGGCAUGGGGCUGACCUGCCACAUCAAUGUGUUCUUAUGAUGCCCAAUGGGAGAGUGUGGGGUGUAACUCUGCUGAGAGUUGCAAAUGGCUUCUUUUUCAGGAUUGGAUGGAGUAGCUUUGUUCAAGCCAACGAGAUCGUGAAUCUGGACGUGCUCAUGUUCACAUGGCUUGGUGGAGGCACAUUCCAUGUGAAGCGAUUUGAUUUUGGCAGUGGUUGCCCACCGAAAAAAGACUUAAGAGCUCAUGGAGAGAUUCCAAGCGACGAAGACUACUACUCCCCCGAUAUACAAUCGUCUGACGAUUACUCUCCCUCUGAAAGUGAGUCCGAUGCAGAGUCCGAGGAUGAAUACGAAGCAGAGGUGAUGCCGCCCGCUGAAGGCGUGUACCCCACUUUCAAUUUGGAACUGCCUCUUCAAUUCUGGAAUGCAUACAUCCCUGCCGCCUCUAUGCAAGAUCAACGCGCCUACUUCACCACCUUUGACAACACUUGGGAGAUGCAUUUAGGUACCGGCAAAGGCAAGCUUUGGGUUGAACAUGGGUGGAAGUGCUUUAUGCAAGGCAAUGCCUUAGUUGAAGGAGAUCGACUGUCAUUCCAGUUGGUGGAUAGGGAUGAUGUGCAGUUUUAUGUGACCAUUAACAUUUGA